UACAUUAUAAAAUGGCCAGCGCCUGAAAUUGUACAUUGUAAAUGACACCAAAUUGUAACAUUGGGGUUUUUCCUUAAUUUUCAUAAUUAAAGGGUUCCCACCGGCGGUUAUUGCAUCGCUAGAAAUAUAUAGCAAAUAACAGGUGUAUUGAGAUUGCCAGGUAUGGAGUAAAUUGCUAUCGCGUACUGUUUGCAAACAUUGGGCUACACGAGCUACUUCGGUGAUUGCUACAAAGUAUAGUCUAACUCAUCGCAGGAUAAAAAUGGUCUAACCGCUUUGGGUUGGCAGCCCUGACAGGCUGACAGAUGCCAGAUGUUAAGACAGAAAUAAGUCCAGCACAGACUAUCAACACUUCGAGCAGACUGCCUGCAUUUAAGCUCUUGAAGUGCCUAAAAAUUUGCCUGACAACCCGAGACAUCGGCAGCCAUCGUCGUCUUCGCUGAGUCAGAGUCUGCAGCACCAUGUCUCGUGAGGAAGUUUACUAUGCCCUAAUGCAGGGCGUGGGGCAGCUGGACUUCAACGGGCCAGCCAUACCCAGCGACCUGGCGCUGAUUGGUGACAACACCAUCCCUCUAGCCAUGAAUCCCCGGGGGCAAGUCCUCAUGGCAGCCUCCACCUAUGGCAAGGGCCGGUUGGUGGCACUGGGCCACGAGUCGAUGCUCACCACCUUCCCUGUCAUGGUGGAGAACGCUCUCAAGUGGCUGAAUCCCACCGCCGAGUCCACGGUGGGCAUCCACGAGAGCUGCAAGGCCACGCUGGCCAACAUCUCCUCCAGCGGCACCAGGGCGGAGGUGACCGCCUUCCGCAAGGAGCUGGGCGCCUACAUCAUCACCGCCUACGACGUGGGCCCGCACGUCAAGGAGCUGGUGGCCUUCCUGAAGGCUGGGGGCGGUCUGCUGGUGGCUGGGCAGGCCUGGAACUGGGCGAAGGAACACCCCAAAGACAACGCCCUGCUGGGCUUCCCCGGCAAUAAGGUCUGCAGUGUGGCGGGGAUUUACUUCACCGAGCUCAUGGGGGAGAGGGGCGUGUGCAACGUGCCCCCGCGGAUCCCCGCCAGCUGGCUGGGGGUGGCGAUAGACAAAGACUUUGAGGACGACAUGGAGUUCCUGCUGCAGGGCGUGUCCGAGUUCGACAUCCAGGGCGGGGCGGUCCCGUCGGUGAUCCUGGUGCACGGGCCGCUGGCGUUCCCCAUCGCCGCCGACGGCGCCGGCAAGGUGUUCUUCGCCGGCUCGUACUACGGGCAGGGCCGCGUCAUCGUCACCACGCACGAGUCCUACCUGGGCCGCAAGGAGCUGGCCCCGUUCCUGCUCAACGCCAUACGCUGGCUGGACGAGGGCCGCGGCGGGGAGGUGGGCGUCCUGCCCAAGCUCUCCGGAGCGCACACCCUGCUCAGCGAGUCGGGCCUGACCUGCACCAAGACGGGCUUCCGGGACGACCUGAGCGUGUACGUGUGCACCGCGUACAGCGACGCCCAAGCCGCAGAGAUCCAGGACUUCGUAGCGGAGGGCGGGGGGCUGCUCAUGGGCGGCCACUCCUGGAACUGGGCCCACAAGAACAAGGGUCUCAACGUCAUGACCCACUUCCCGGGCAACCGCAUCCUCACCAAGCUGGGCUUCAGCAUCAUGCCCAGCUACGCGGGCCGGGGCAAGCACAAGGCCCGCGAGCCCGGUCAAGGGUGCGCGGAGGAGUACCGUUUCCGCCGCGCGCUGAGGCAGUUCGCCAGUCACGUGACCUCCGGCCAGGAGCUGCGGCCGCACGAGCAGAGCAGCCUCCGCCGGCUGGGCACGGACUGCGCGGACUACCUGCGCAUGCAAGCGCACGACCAGGGCUCCUACACCGCCAUCCUGGAGCUGCUGGCUAACGUCUUCACCACGGCCGACAUGCCCCAGGUCUGCUCCGAGUGCCCCGUCAAGCACCCCAAGGACCACAUGCUCCUCAACCUUGGCACCGAGGUCUACAAGGCCUUUCCCUACCGGGACCAGCUCCUGCCCUACCUCAUCAAGAACAGGCCCGACCUGCCCGUGGUCCACAACACCUGCGUUAAGAUCAACACCAAAGCCGCAGGCGGGGAUGAGUGGAAAAGCACAGGCCUGUAUCUCUCUCCUGGAAUGAAGACAUACUUAUCUAUCCCCCCCCAAAUCGUCAACAAAGGCUGGAAGGUGCAGAUCGGCUGCCAGACGGACAAUAUCGGCAAAGCGGAUGUACUGAGGAGGGCUGCAGUGGUGUAUGAACGAUUCGACAUCAAGUCGGAAAUGAUCGAGGUUUUCAAUCUAUGGGGUGGCCUCAUCUACCUGGUGGCCCCGGCCAAGAGUGACGAGGGAGAGCUGCAGAUCAUUGUGCAGAAAGCCAUCCCUGCUCCCUACUACAAAUCCGGGGAGACCAGCGUGGAGGCCUGGGUGGGGGGCAUCCGGGACGCCCCCGCCCCGUGGGCGGAGAUGGAGUUCGAGAACAUCAUCAUCACGCUGCCCUCCUCGGAGGUGCGGGCGGUGGACCGGCCGGACGAGGUGGCGAAGAUGUGGGACAGCAUCAUGGGGGCGGUGAGCGACCUGGCGGGCACGCCCGCCCAGUUCCCGCGCAAGGAGCGCUACGUGGGCGACGUGCAGAUCUCGCACGGGUGGAUGCACGCUGGGUAUCCCGUCAUGAUGCACUCCUCCUCGGCCGCCGGCCUGCUGAAGCACAAGGAUGCCCGGGAGAACGGGAUCUGGGGGGCCAUCCACGAGCUGGGCCACAACCAGCAGCGUGGGUGCUGGGAGUUCCCCCCCAACACCACCGAGUGCACCUGCAACCUGUGGUCCGUCUACGUGCACGAGAAGGUGUUCGGCCUGGAGCGAGAGAGCAUGCACAGCGCCCUGCUGUCCGGCAACCGCAGCAAACGCAGGGAGACCUUCCAGAAGGAGAAGGACCUGUCCAAAUGGACGGUCUGGACCGCGCUGGAGACCUACCUGCAGCUCCAGGAGAAGUUCGGCUGGGACGCCUUCAAGAAGGUGUUUGCUGUCUACCACACCAUGACAGGUGUCCCCAAGGAUAGAGAUGCCAAGAUGAGUCUGUAUGCUGAGACCUUCUCUCGCACAGUCAACAUGAACCUGGCCCCCUUCUUUAAGGCGUGGGCCUGGCCCAUUCUCCCUGACACGGAGAAGAAGCUGGAAGAUCUUCCAGCAUGGAGCGACCACCCCAUGACAUAGUAUGAGCCAAUCCAGCAUGCAAAUACGGGCUGGGGGUCACCUUCCGUAAGAGAUAUGGAGGAGAUUGUUUGCAGAAGAGGUCAACACCCACAGCAUUACACCAGUUUCGGAGUGUUGUGGACGGAUAAAACUUCAUUGUACAUGUACCUGUACGUUUAGACACAGGUCUCUUUUUCCUUCAGUAGACUGCUGGACUUUAAGACUUCGUAAGAACUGCCCUGUCUCAGAAUAUUGGCAUUGUGAUACUUAUUCCAGGUUUCUGGGAUCUGCACUUUAAUGCAAUGUAUACAUCAAUUGACAAUUAGCCAUUUUAUUCUUAAGCCUGUUUUAGAUAUUAAACAUUUUAAGAUGC